UGAGUGGCUAUGUUUGGGUCUCAUAAAUACACAGUCACUCAUGCUAAUAACAAAAAAGUAUAGGGGAGGAGAAAAACUGAAGGCAUAUAGUAGCCUACAUUCCUGACCAUAUGGACCAGCUUUUUUUAUUUCUCAGGUAUGUUGUUGAAUGGAUGCCUAAGACAGCAAAGCAUACAUAAUUGUUUGUUAAGCACUGUGGAUUACUUCUAAAAGCCACGGCCACCCACGGACUUUCCUUAUCGGACGGCCAGACAGGACACCUCUGGAAGUCACUCAAAGAAAGAAAAAAUGCUUCCUGUGGCAUGGCAAAUGACAACUGGGGUUAUCAGCUCAUUUGCAUACAAGGUCAGAGCAGAAAUUAAAAUUUACAAGAAAAACACGACUGUUGAUCAAAUUGACUUGAUAAUUCGUUAAUUUAGAAGGCCCAUUAUACUGGGCUAUAAAACGUUUGGAAGAAAUGUGGAGCACUUUAAAUAAAUAAAUAGAUAAAUAAGCUGUCAACUAAUUCCUCUAUAGUGUUGAGAGAGGAAUAAUUAACCGUUAGGUCGCGUGUUUGCGCUCGCUUUACUCCUGCAGGGGGUCUGUGGUGUGGAUAGAGACACAUGGUUAAUCUUUGGCUUCGCACCUCACCUACAGCGCAGGUAUGCCGCUGCUUUUUUGCACGGCACAGUUGACUGACAUCCCCAGCGCAAACAUUUGUCCUGGAAUCGCGCUCGCUCCUCCCCCGUGGAGCUAGCGUGGCGAAUCACACUGCGCCCGUUGCUCUGGAACCCUUCCUGCUUGAAGCCGUGGAGUUAAACUUACGCAGGAACAGUGAGUGGAGAUCCUUAUCCACACCGUGCCACGGCCAGAUACCCGAUCGUGCUUGGAUGGCGGGUUGAAACCCGAUCGUCUGAUGUGCAGCCCAAAACCUGGAGGAGUGACUUACCGGGACGCGUUAAAAAUGUCUUCUUCCUCAAGCGAGGUCAUUUGCGCCGAUGAAAUCAAGAGGGAAAGCACAAGGGCACUGGAGAAUCGGGGGAGUGUCAAGCUGUCAGUGCUGGAGCCUGCGGAGUUGUCUAUGGAGAAUGCAACUUCGACCGCAGCCGGCGAUGCGGUCCGAGCCGAACUUUUGGAGUGCUCCCCUUCAUCCCUUGCCUUCUCUCCCGAACAGGUAGCGUGCGUCUGCGAGGCGCUGUUGCAAGGGGGCAAUGUGGACCGCCUCGCCCGGUUCCUGUGGUCCUUACCACAGAGUGACCUGCUGCGAGGCAACGAAAGCAUCCUGAAAGCCCAGGCGAUUGUGGCUUUUCACCAGGCUCGCUACCAGGAGCUUUACUGUAUUCUGGAGAACCAUCAUUUCAGCCCGUCCAACCACUCUGCGCUCCAGGACAUGUGGUACAAGGCACGGUACACUGAGGCAGAGAAGGCGCGGGGCAGACCGCUGGGUGCCGUGGAUAAGUAUCGAUUACGCAGGAAAUAUCCUCUACCUAGGACUAUCUGGGACGGGGAAGAAACUGUAUACUGCUUCAAAGAGAGGUCCAGAAAUGCGCUGAAGGAUAUGUACAAGCGGAACCGGUACCCGUCCCCUGCCGAGAAGAGAAACCUCGCCAAAAUCACUGGACUUUCUUUGACACAAGUCAGCAACUGGUUCAAAAACAGGAGACAGAGGGAUAGGAAUCCGUCUGAGGCGCAAUCAAAAAGCGAGUCGGAUGGCAACCACAGCACGGAGGACGAGUCCAGUAAGGGCCACGAGGACAUGUCCCCGCGUCCCCUGUCCGGCAGCUCGGCCGGCAACGGGCCCCAGAUGGUCUUCUCCGACGUCAGCACCACCGUCAUCCAGCAGAUCGGCGACGUCAAGAUGGCCGGCGGCGGCGCCAUGGGCUUCGGCGCUCUCUCCGCCGACCUGUCCGUUGCCGCCAACUCCCACUUCCUGAAUGGCGGCGGCGGAGGUGGAUACAUCCACCCGCACAGCAACAACGUGCUGCUGAACGGCCUGGGCAGCGGCGGCCAUUACUUAACCUUUGACCCUCAGCGGAACACCCUGGCGCAGGAGAGACUGCAGGGCGGUGGCGGUGGUGGUAAUGGUGGUUCGUACGCCUCAUUCGCUCUUGGGGGGAUGACUGACACAACAGGAGGAGGAGGAGGAGGAGGAGUGGGGAAGCUGGAGGGGAUGCAGGGUCUGGUCUCACACUCGGAGGACGGAGUAGCGUCGUCAGUGGUCACCUUCACUCCUUCGUCAUCGUCGUCCUCCUCUUCGUCCUCCUCUACCUCCGGACUCGCACACCUGGGCAGCUACAGUGUGGUUCAUGUACCCGGCUCGGACGCUGGCAUGAGCUUACCGCCACUCCUGCUCCCUCCCUCCUCCACAGCGACCUCUCAUGGCACAGCCCCGCUGGGCGGCGUGGUCAGCGACAACCCCCAGCAGGCCUCUUCCUCGCCCGUCCUCUACACCCUCACCCAGGCCGUGAAGCAAGAGCCCCUGGAGCACGGCGUGGGAAACCCCAACCACGGCGCUGGUGGCUACUCCUCCUACCACCAGACGGACAUGUCGUCGCUGGACCAAACGGGCCACCUGGGCUACACCGCCUCGCUCUUCCUCUCGCCCAGCAUGGCCGCCCCCACCGCCGCCACAGCUGUCGUGCCCUCGCCCUCCUCUUCCUCCUCCUCCAUCUCCAUGUCCACGUCCUCCUCCUCCAUGACCACCAUCACCACUACCGCCCUCUCUGGCGCGGAGGACCACCUCUCUGGCGUCGGGGCCAGUGUGGGCCAACCCCACGCCACCCGAAUCCUCCACCCAGGCGAGGAGGUUGUGGGUGUAGUGGGUAGGUCGGUGUUGGAGACCUCCGACUACAGGGACCACAGCGGGGCGCUCACGCUCUCCGAGACCCUGGAGGUGGCGGGGGGAGCCACGGGGCCAGCGGGGGUGGGGGCGGUGAGGGCAGUGUGCGGAGAUCUGGAGCUGGAGGGCAAAGAGCUGGCCAAGCUGCAGACUGUACAGAUGGACGAGGACGGCAACGACCUUUGACCUCUCUCUACUAUGGUGCAUCAUCAUCAACCCUCUGAUCUUCCGUCCUCUUGUCAUGCCUCCGUCACGUCCCCCCCUCCCGAUGAUGGACCUUUUUUCAUGUGAUGUCAGACAUCUUCGAUUCAAUGCAUUUGUAGCAGGACAAGUAGCACCCAAAUGGCAUAGACAAAAAACUUACACCCCACUGUUUUUUUAUGGAAACCGGUAGUCGUCUUUUUUCCUGCCUCGCUUUGAAACGAGACGUCGUGAAAAAGGCGAAUUAGUGACUGUGAACUCGACACUAACACAACAACCUCUCCGUCACACUCUCUAUCCCUCCGUUUUCUCUCUCUCUUUUUCCACCCACACUCUCGAUGUUUCUCGCUUUCUGUCUCUAACUGUCACUGUGUUGCACUCGUUUUGCCUCGGUCUAUUUCUCUUUAUCUUCCUCUAUAUCUUUCUAUGUCUCUCUCUUGCUCUAUCCGUCUGUCUCCCUCUCUCUCUCUCUCUCUCUCUCUCUCUCUCUCUCUCUCUCUCUCUCUCUCUCUCUCUCUUGCACUUUCUCACUCUUGAUAUGCAGUCUUUUUUAGCUAAGAAGAGCCAUGGCACUCAGAAGUGAGAAUGUAUUGUGUGUAUGAUAAGAGUAUUUGAACAUGUAUGUGUGUGAUAUGUGUAUAUGUGUGUGCGUGUGUGUGUGCGUUGGACACGGGUCUUCCAGAUUCUGUUUCUGUCUGUCCUGCUGUUCUAUCUGUCUACAGUGUGACUCCUCUACAGCUCUCUCUCUCACACACACACACACACACACACACACACACACACACACACACACACACACACACACACACACACACACACACACACACACACACACACACACACACACACACACACACACACAUAAACGCACACACACACACACACAGACACGAGCGUCAAGAACAUGUCUGUGUCAUCGCAAAACCUGACAAGGAAAUGUGAAAAGAAAAUACUAAAACUGUCAAAACCUAAUGCAUUGCAAAGAAAACAAAGACAAACCAAACAAAACCAAAAUAAAAGGCGGGGGAAAAAAUGUGGGGACAAAACAAACGAAACAGUGCCUUGUCAUCCGAACAAAAAUGAAAAAGAUAAAUGUGGCCCCCAGUCAGUGCAACUCUCUCCCCGACGGCUACAGAAUGUACUACAUACAGGAGGGGAUACCUGAAUUCUAUGGCACAUCUUCCCUCUGUAAACACCCACCGGAGGAGAGACAAGGGAGGAGAGACAAGAGAAGAGAGACUGGAGAAGAGACCGUCCCGUCCCAUGGUGGGGGAAUAAUAGGGGUGAAGCGAAACCAAUGACUGGAUAUCAAGCACAGUGUACAAACUUUAGCAAAUGAACCUAUUCGAACAGGGGGAAAGAACAAGGAAAAUGUGGUACUUCUGUGGCAUAAUCCCUGUUUGAUAUCACUCACUUGGUGAUGUAUGUGGAGAAAACGAUUGUUGUGUUUGUCUUUUUUCUUUGGUUGUUUAUUUUUGUAUGAUUUGUUUUCUGCUUUUGUUUUUUUCUUUUGGAGUGCUGGCAUUAAUGUGAAGACUAUGUCUUUUUUGGCUAUUUUAUUUGAAAAGCUUUAAGGGCUUGCAUUUACACUACGUACAUUUGACUGUGACACAGGGUAAACCGACUUUACAUGCAUUGCUGUACGGUAUGUCUGUUCCGAAGUUUACCCAUCAAAACCUAAACUUAGCCCUCAAGUGUAACUUGUCUUACGUGCCUUUGUUAUAGAGAUAGAGAAUCAUUAUUCUAAAGUAAUAUUAUAGCAUAGAGCAGAAAUUGUUGAUUUAAUGUUGUUUUUUGGGGAGAAUUUCGUACCCCAAAAAAGUUGAUGAAAAAAUAGUGAAUGAUAGUACUUUUUUCAACUGUGUGAACAAAAAAAAAAUGCGUUGACAUUUCAGGUUGCAGAUGCGUGGGCACAUGAAGAGUUUGUGAGAAAAAUUGUCCAGGGCCCUGUUUGUCUCCUACAUGAAUCUAUCUUUGAAAAAUCUUCCAAAGCGAUUAACUAAUUAUCAGUGACUUUUCGAGUGGCACAUAGCAUCAACUCUUAACGCUUAAUGGGCGCUGUCCAUGUAGACAGUUCUGAAAACUCGUCUAACCUUUGGAUAUAUUGGGAGCCAUUAUAUAAAGGAGUCAUAUGAUAAAAUCCGUGAAGCAUAAAGCCAGAUGAACUUUAACAUAGAACAUUUACGGACUGAAUUUAUGGACCGACUACAGUUUCUCUCUCUGUCUCUCUGUCUCUGUCUCUC